CCGCGGUGCAGAAGUCAGCACUUGUGCGCUCCUCUGCGAUUUCUACGAGCGACGUCACUUCCCGGAAUGAUGGCAGAAACGCUGGCUGUAGCCCCGACGGUCUGGGCAUCUUAUUUUCCAGCAGAGAGCAGAAGUGCGAGCGGUUACAGAGUCUCAUGUCCCCAGUAGUGGGUUAAAAGAGCUUAUGCUGUGCUGAAGGGCUUUAUGCAGCAGCAGUAAAGCGACAGUGAGGGUUCACCAUGGCCGGCCCCUCCACAACUCCCCGGAAGCGGCAGGUGCGUUUCUCUGCCCGUCAUGACAUCCUGCUCUUGCGGGAGGUCAUCGCCCAGAACCCCUUCACCUCCAAAGAAUCGGGUCGCAUCUGGGCCCGAGUGGGGGAGAUCAUCACCGCUGCCCUGCAGGACGAGAACUUUGAGGUGGACGGCCGCAGAUGCAGGGAGAGAACCAUGCUGCUGCUCGACUACUAUAAAAAACAGGACUUUCCCAGCCUGCGCAGGUUCGGCACAGAGAGGCUGUACGCUCAGAAGGAGGAUCUGCUACACGAGGUUCUGGAGCUUGAAGCAGAGAAGAACCUGAUAGCCAGCGGUGAGGGGAAAUACCAGGAUGAAGAGCUGAAGAAGAGAGCACUGGAAGAACUUGCACUUCCCGAGCCUGACAAACCCACCAUGCUACCAGUCACGACAGCGCCAACUACGGUAUCCGGGACGCUAGAGCCAGAUGAGCAGGAGGACCUGGCUGAGUUGGCUGCGCCCACGGCCAAGCGUCCGUGCCAGUGCUGCUGCCAGACCUACUCCGAGAUCCUGAGCUUUCUGGAAAAGCGCUCGGAGGCUGAGCAGCGGCUCCGUGAGGAAGAGAUGGCGCUCCGCAGGGAGGAGCUGGAGAUCCAGAGGAGUAAAAUCGCUCUGGAGCGGGAGAGGCUUGGAGCCGAGAGGAAGGAACGGGAGCGGCGGUUUGAGCUGGAGAGCCAGGAAAGGCAGGUCAUCCUCGACCUGCUGAAAGAGAAGGUCCUCAAGAGCGAGAAAAACUCAGAAAGCUGACUCCUCCUGUCAGCUGGUAGCACGCUGUCCACAGAAAAUAGCCAAGAGCGUCAGUGAUUUGGACUACAAAGCGAAAUGCUGACACAGUUAUGUCAGUUUGUAACAUAUUUCUUGCGUUGUCAGGCAAUUUGGAGAACUGACUUGUCAACUGGUAACAUUCUUUCUCCCCAGACUAUCAUAGAUUGUGAGUGAGAUGGACUCGUAAUACUGACUGACUGAGACAGUUUGUAACGGUUCUGUUCUACAGUGGACUCUGAAUACUGACUUGUUUGGUCAGCUGGUAACAUCUACCCCUAAAGACUGUCCUACGCUGUUGGUCAACUCAGCAUGCCAAAUCAGCUGGUAACAUGAUUUUGUUGUCCUUCUCAUAGCAAGACUUACUUAGUAGGAAGUGCACAAUGGCUAACGCUGCGUUACAUUGGUCAACAACACACCGCAACACAUUCGUUUACUAUGGGAACCAUCAAAUUUGGGGGUGCGCUAUGUUGAGAAAGUCUAACCGUGUUGCAUUUUGCGCAGAUUAAUCUCUUCAAUAUGAUGUGUUCACCAAAUCAGAAGGAAUGUGGGCCCAGGCCAACCCCUGAAAAACAACCCCAGAGCAUUAUCCCUCCUCCACCACACUUUACACUUGGCACAAUAUCAGGCAGGCAGGUAAUGUUCUCCUGGCAUUCACCAAACCCAGACUUGUCCAUCAGACUGACCGAUAGAGAAGUGUGAUUCAUCACUUCACAGAAUAUAUUUCCACUGCUGAGUCCAGUGGCUUUACCCCAAACACCCACCCUCAAUGCUUGGCAUUUUGAUCUUAGGCUUGUGUGUAGCUGCUCGGCCAUGGAAACCCAUUUCAUGAAGCUCCUAAUGCACAGGUGUUUUGCUGAUGUUGCUUCCAAAGGCAAUUUGUCAGCAGAUAUUGGAGAAUAGGUACUGUGCACUUUAGCACUCUGUGGCCCCACUCUGAGUUUGUGUGGUCUACCACUUUGUGGCUUGGCUAGUGUUGCUCCUAGACACUUUCACAAUAACAGUUGACUGGGGCAGAUCUAGCAGGACAGAAACUGACUUGUGGUAGAAGUGGCGUCCUAUGACAGUUCAAAUUUAAGUCAAUUGAGCUCAUCAGUAUGAUUCAUUCUGCUGCCAGUGUUUGUCUAUUGAGAUUGCAAGGCUGUUUGCUUAAUUUUAUACAGCUGUUAAUAAUGGGUAUGGCUGAGACACCUGCUCUCAAUAAGUAGGAGGGAUGUCCAAAUACACUUGUCAGUAUAGUGUAUUUUCCAAAGUUUUUCUUAAAUGUGUUCAUAAAAAUGACACUGUUUGCUGUGCUUUUCUGCAGCGCUUAGCCGCUGACACACUCAGAACAGUCUCAGCAACCUGGUCAGGUUUGCCAGAUUGGGUAUAACUACCCAGAAUAGCAUUACUACUACUACAUGCUAUAACAGUAUUUGUUUCGUUAAUAAUAGUCAUAUUAAUAAUAAUAUUUUUUCCUUUACUCAUUAAAGAGAAACAUCUUGAGCUUUCCUUAUUCUUAGAAUGAUUAAAUAUUCUAGAUUAUAUUCAGUAUAAUAUUCAAAACUGAAAAUAUUUCAUAGUUCUGAAAAAUGUUAGUUCAUUAAUGCAUAUAUAACGUUCUGGUUCUUAAAACAGUGCUCAUAUCAUAAAUACUGACUUACCGAGACUAAAUUCUGAUUGGAUUUCACAGGGAACUUCCUCACAACACCCACACGCAGCACACAGAGAGAGGGGAACAGGGAUGUGUCCAUAGCCGCACCUGACCAAUGUAAAUGCAGCGUUAGACGUUGUAGGAGAGUCAUUAAAUGCGGUAAUUUAGCAUUUAAUGUGAGAUUUUACUCCGAUUUUUUAAAAAGUGGGAUGGCACCGCUUUUUAUUCCGGUAUUUGUACUUCAAAAGCUACUAAGCUUUAAAAAACGUUUUAACUGAAGCACUUUGGUCAAGAUCAUCCUCUAAAAGCAGUAGCUCCAUGAAGCUGAAGCUACUCACUCACUCUGUUAACCCCACAGGAAGAGCUACACGGCUAACAUCACAUCACACAGUGUGAUCAAGCGCUGCUUCAGCAAAGAUCCGUUACAGGAUGAGUUCACAUUCUUUCUUUUUUCACUUCAGUAUUUGAUUCAGUAUGUUCUGCUGGUGUCAGCUGGAUAUUGUUAACUGACCGUCUCUAAAUUUCAUGUUCCAUGAAAUCAAAUCUUCUAUUUUCAAACACUGGAUGAAUUAUGUUUAAUGUCUUGGGCAUUUGAAGGUUGUUGUAGAUGUGAACUUUAUCACAGUUCUCUUUAAGGAGAUUCAGUGUACAGUAUGUGUAUCAGAUGCUCUGCUAGAAAUGACACUGUUUGCUGUGAACUGAUGUAGAAUGUAGCUUAUUUUGAGUUGAGAAUGAUGUCUUGUGUUUACUGUAUUUUGACUAUAUGAUCCUGUUUUAUGUGCACUUAUGGAGUUUAAGUGAUUAUCUUGGUUUAAAAGGAUAAUGAUGAUAAUAAUAGUAAUAAUAAUAAUAAUAAUAAUAACCCAGCACUUUUAGUUAGGUAUGUUAUUUUUUUACUAAAUGAAAAUUGAUCAAAUGUGUUGCUACUGAAAUGUAAAUUGUGAGCCAUUUGGACUGCAUAGCUUUAUAUUGUCAAUAAAACUUCAAAUGAUUAUUUUGCACUGCUAGUCUUAAUAAUGCAGUAUCGACUCUCAAAAGGAGCCGUUUUGAACCUGAGAAAGUUUGUAGGUUUAAAAUUCAGGCUGUUGGUAGAAAAUAAUAAUGUUAUUUCAGUUUUAAAAUCACUUAAUGUUUCACAGCCUUUUUGUGAUGCUACUGCCAGUAUUUAAGUCAAGUUUAUCAGAACUACAAAAAAGAGAUUUCAGUGAAUGUGGACUUCAGUUGGUCUUUCUUUCUUGAGACAUCCUUACAAAAAGUCAUUCAGAAAGAUCUGAUUUGUUUUUCUUUUUUGUGCUAUUUAUGUUUCUGUAACAGCACUGAAAAAAAAUCUUGGGAAAAG